GGUGCAGCAGCUGAUACAUUGUAUCUGAGCAUCUGCCCUUUUCUACACUCCUACCUCUCCUCCUGCCUUGCUUCUAUUAACUCUCUUCUUCUUCUUGUGACCUUUUUACCUCUGACAUUUUCUUGCCUGGUGUGAUAAGCAAUCUGCUGUGUCUUCAGAUCAAAUAUUUCCCUGCAUUUGUGAGCAGACAAUCCAUACCAGCCUCGGGGGAGAAAAUGUCCCUGAAAGCCGCUACUAGCAACAUCACCAACAAAAAUGAUCCCAAAUCCCUGAAUUCAAGAGUCUUUAUUGGCAACCUAAACACAGCAGUGGUGAAGAAGAGUGAUGUGGAAUCAAUCUUCUCAAAGUAUGGCCGCGUUGUUGGCUGCUCGGUGCAUAAAGGAUAUGCUUUUGUACAGUAUAUGAAUGAGAGGCACGCGCGAGGAGCUGUUCUUGGGGAGAAUGGACGAGUACUGGCUGGACAGACACUAGAUAUCAACAUGGCUGGGGAGCCCAAGCCCCAAAGACCCAAAGUACUGAAACGUGCCACUGCUGCCCUGUACAGCGGCUACGAUUUUGACUUUGAUUACUACAGAGAUGACUUUUAUGAGAGGUUGUUUGAGUAUCGAGGUAGAGUGUCGCCCGCUCCUCGGGCAGUGCCAGUGAAGCGCCCACGUGUCACAGUGCCCCUCGUACGACGAGUAAAAUCAGCUCUUCCCGUCAAACUGUUAGCAAGAUCCGCCGCCAUUACAGGGAAUGCAGCUAAGCUGAGAUUAAGAAGCAAUGAGAUUCAGGCCAUCAAGUCAGAACUCACACAGAUCAAGACAAACAUUGACGCUCUUCUGGGAAGGCUGGAGCAGAUAACGGAUGAACAGAAGCCAUGCGCAGCUAUAGCAUCACGGAAGAAAUCUGACUGCAGCCGGAGUGAGUUCUCCCAAGAUGACAGCACAUCAGAAGCGGGCGACACCGUCACAGAUGAGGCUCUUAAUGGAGACGAGGGAGAAGAGCUUGUACAUGAUGACUGCACAGAUGACCUGCUGCACUAGACUACUUUUGAUCUUUGAGGAGGAACGGCUAUGGUUCUGUAUAUGGACUCCUAUAUUCUGCCUCCUGGAGAAACCAGAGUGUUGGCCGGAUUUUCUGAAGAUGUAAAAACAUGAAGUAUUAUUUAUCAUUUUAUAAUAUGAGACAGCAGUGACCAGUUCGGUGAAGGAAGCACACACCCUUACCUGCACCGAUGGAGAACCAGAGGCCGAACCUUCAAAUAUACGUUCUCAUAUGUUUCA